GGAAAUUCACCAUGAGAAGAAUAAACAAAUUUGGCAAUCACCUCAUGCUUUGGCUCUUUUAUUUAUUUAAUGGAAACAAGAUAAAAACGCAAUUAAACUGUUAUAUAUAAGCAGGUUUGCGUCCGUGACUUUUUGAGCUUAUUCCAACCGAUAUUUGCAGUAAGCAAUAUACGAACUGGAGUGGGCUAAAUUUGAUGGUUGCUGGAGCACACAAAUUUAUACAGCGUUGUAGCUUCUCAUCUCUAUAAGCUUUAUACUAACUUAAGUUGAUUCAACUGCUGCGUUUCACACUACACGCCCACGCCCUAUUUAUAAAGAAGCGGCUUCGAAGGAGCUUAAAAUUGUGCAUUUUCAUGAUUUUUCACAGUAAUUGAUCUGGCCAACGCAAUUGAACUACAUAAAAAAGAAGUCUUGGAAAGUGUUAGAAAAUACGGCCAGCCGAAUAGCCGUGAGUUGAGUUAAUUGAUAAUUUCAAGUUGAUGGCUUCAAAGGAGCUUCUAAUUGGUGAAUACUGAGUAAUUUCGGAGCUUAUAAUCUUGGAUAUCAAUUGUUCCCAACAAGACCUUAGGGGAAUUCGCGUAAAUUGAAAGAAAAGGUUCAGAAAGCUAUGGAUUAUGGUCAGUCAGACAGCAGUGAGCAGGAACAGAUGAUGAUCUUCCUCCUUCUCAUCAAAAUCGACUAGCCAGAGGUGGUGGCCGAAUUUCUGGGAAUGGGAGACCUUCUGCAGGCCCAGUGUCAUAUGCUAGAAUUCAGAAUGAUAUGGAGCCUCAGAUUCACUGGCUUGAACAAGAAGCAUACAGUUCUGUUCUUAGAGCUUUCAAGGCACAAUCGGAUGCAAUUACAUGGGCAAAAGAGGGUUUGAUGUCCGAGUUGAGAAAAGAACUUAGAGUUUCUGAUGAGGAGCAUAGGGAACUCUUGGGGAGAGUUAAUGCAGAUGAUCUAUUGAGACGAAUAAGAGAAUGGAGACAGGGGGCUGCUAACCAAGGCGGCUUAAUAAGCAUUGCUGCACCAGCCCAUGAUCCAUCCCCUAGUCCAACUGUUUCAGCAUCACGGAAGAAACAGAAAACAGCUCAUGUUUUGCCUUCUCUACCUAUGCCACCACAUUCAGCAAUGCAUCCUUUGCCUGCUCCUACACCAGCACAACCUUCAUCAUCGGCAAAAAGGGGAUCUUCUCUUGGAACUAAGAACAAGAAAACUAAAGCAAGUCAGCCAAUGCCUGUAUUGUCUGCUCCAAUCAAGGCUCAACAGUUUACCCAUGCUGUCACAGCAGCAGGGAGGGGACAGAUUGGGAACCGAGGACCAUCAGGGCCUUCAGGUUUGAACGAAACUCAAGAGGCUGCAGCGGUUGACCCUUUGAUAGGCCGGAAAGUAAGGACAAGGUGGCCAGAAGACAAUAACUUUUAUGAGGCUGUUAUCACGGAUUACAAACCAGAUGAGGGACUGCAUGCACUAGUUUAUGAUAUCAAUACAAGCAGGGAGACUUGGGAAUGGGUUAACUUGAAGGAGAUAUCUCCAGCAGAUAUUAUGUGGGACUGGGAAGGUCCUGCAGGAUCUGGUCGAGGAAGCCGGCUUGCAGCUGGUCGUGGGAUUAAAAAGUCGGGUGGUCGUGGGGGCCUUGUCUCUACUUCUGGCAGAGGAAGAGGAGUUUUAAAAGGUCAGUCUAGAAAGGACUUUGGACCCUCUCAGAAUGGGAUAGGCAAAAAGGUAGCAGGUGAUAUCGAAAUACUCCAUACCGAUGCACUUCUUAAAGAGGUGGAAAGGGUCACUGGUGGACCACAUCCUGAUCCUGUAGACAUGGAAAAGGCUAAGAAAGUCCUGAAAGAACAUGAACAAUCACUGCUUGAUGCCAUUGCAAGGCUUGUUGAGGCAUCUGAUGGGGAAAGUGAAGAUGGACGACAACCCCAUCCAUCCCAUACACUCUCUGUUGACCAUGAAAGAGUGUGGAGAAAUAGGCAGUAUAGUGGAAACCAACAUGUUGCUGAUGAUGAAGAUGAUACAGCAGGAGAUGGGAGGGGUGAUGGCUCCGACGGCGAACCUAUGAAUGGUGAAGGUGGGGUAGCCUCUGAUGAUCAACAAGAUGGAGAAGAUGGGGAUGAAGAUAUGUGAUCUUCAAACAUCUUUCUCCAUGGUUUUAUUGUCAUCACAUUAAAUUUGAGCUUGUUGAUUGUGCUAUCAAUGAUGUAUGCAUACACAGGCUACAAACUGGAAGCUUUCAUAGCGGUAGUUUCCAUGGGCUGUAGAAAUGCCCUUGACAUCUUAGAAAUGGUGCCCAGGUACUUGAAAGCUAUUGUGUGUUGAUUUUAUUUGACUUUGUUAUCCCCUUGUAUGCAUUACAAAUGUUGGGGUCGUUAUCAUUGAGCAAUUUGCGAAGUUCUUUAGAUGAACCAAAAUGAGAAAAAGAUUGUCCUGUUGGAGUCAGUACUUGAUCAACAGCUGAUGUGCUGCAGCUCCAUUCUCCUGUCUUGCUCAAGUAGUAAGCUAAAAAAGAAUUAGGGAUCCCAAGUGGUGAUCACAUUUGUAACAUUCUCAGGUUCGAUCAGGCUUACUACCAAUGUACUAUGCCAUGCUGCUUCAGAUGUAUCCAGUUGGUAAUGGAUUUAGUAAUUGAUUUUCAAAGUGAACGGAAAAUUGCACCAUCGUCAGGUUACCAACGGACUUAUGUAGUAACCUUGAAAUAUGUAAGGUACAGAUCCCCUCUAAUGAAAUCUCAGUUGCUGCAGCUCCAAGUUAUUUGCUAGCUCAUAUAUAAAGUUUAGCUUAACCAGUUAGAGAGUGGUUGGCAUUGAAUCACAUGCCUACUAGCUAACCAGUAAAUCACAUACAAAAGCUGGAUUAUCCUCUAUAUUCGUAGGUUGCAGUCAGGACAAGAUUUUGCAUAUUACUUUUUAGUGUGAGUUGAGAUCCCAGCUUUUAGCAUUGACAAAAACCAAAAAGUGAAUGACAAAGCCAUCAAGCUUGAUCUUUGCUUUAAUGGAAUAUAUAGGUCUCUCACUGGUCAUGACAUAGAUGAUGACUUGUUGCUUUUGUUUUGUAUAAGCUAGCAUGAGCUGCAAAUUGUUUUACCAUUGUCAAACCUCAAUUAAAGGAUUGACUGGACUUUUACUUUCUCAUAUUAUUUUGCGUAAUGUGUAUCAUAUGGUUUCAUAUGCAACAA